CGCGCGGGAGGGUGUCGGGCCCAACCCCCCAACUCCUUAGCGGGGAGCACCGGAGGUGACUUCGACCUAGCGCUUCUGCUCUGGGCGGGGUUGGCGGCGCCACCUCCAGGCUUUGAGCGCCCGCGGCCUCUGAGUGCCGAAAGGGCCGGGCAUGCGCGCUCCGAGGACCUGUGGGCCGACGGCGCGGGUGCGGCGGGAGGGGCCGCGACCGGAUCUCGGGUCUAGAUGCUGAGCUUUUCAGGGCUGGCUGGAAGCCACAGCCCAGUCUCCAGAUGGAGUCUAAAUCCAGCCAGUGUGAAGACGAAACUCCUUCCCUCUUGUGGGGUUUGGAUCCUGUGUUUCUAGCCUUUGCAAAACUCUACAUCAGGGAUAUCCUGGACUUGAAGGAGUCUGGCCAGGUACCAGGUGUAUUUUUUUACAAUGGGCAUCCAAUAAAACAGGUGGAUAUCUUAGGAACCGUAAUUGGAGUGAGAGAAAAAGAUGCAUUCUACAGUUAUGGAGUGGAUGAUAGCACUGGAGUUAUAAACUGCAUCUGCUGGAAAACGCUGAAUAAUACCAAAUCCUCAUCAGCUACAGCCGCUCCAAGUGCAAGAGAGCUGAGCUUAACCUCUCAGCUUAAGAAGCUGCAAGAGACCACUGCACAGAGAGCAAAGUUAGAAAUUGGGGACAUUAUCCGGGUCAGAGGCCACAUCCGCAUGUUCAGAGGAGAGCGAGAGAUUCAUGCCACAACUUAUUAUAAAGUGGAUGACCCAGUGUGCAACGUUCAGAUCGCAAGGAUGCUGGAGCUGCCUGCCAUCUACAGGAAAGUGUAUGACCAGCCCUUCCACAGCCCUGCCCUAAAGGAAGAUGAGGCACUGAGCAGCAAUCCUGGCACCCUGGACCUUGACAGUCUCACAUGUCUGCUGAGUGAAAAGGCCAAAGAGUUCCUUGUGGAGAACAGAGUGCAAACCUUUUACCAGCAGGAAUUGGAAACUGUGGAGUCCCUUCUGUCCCUUGCCAACCAGCCUGUGAUUCACAGCGCCUGCUCUGGGCAAAUGGGUUUUAAGAAUGACACCACUUCCAGAGCAAUUCACAGUAUAUUUAGGAAUGCUGUAAAGCUGCUGCAGGAAAAAGGGCUCGUUUUCCAGAAAGAUGGUGGUUUUGAUAACCUAUUCUAUGUAACGAGAGAAGACAAAGAAUUGCACAGAAAGAUCCACCGGAUCAUUCAAGAAGAAUGCCAGAAACCAAAUCACGUGGAGAAGGGCUGCCACUUCCUGCACAUCCUGGCCUGUGCCCGCCUGAGCCUCAGCCCAGGCCUGAGUGAACCCGUGCUGCAGCAGGUGCUGCAGCUGCUGGAGGACCAGAGUGACAUCGUCAGCACCACGGAGAAAUACUACACGGCAUUCUGAGCAGAGGCCAGCAGGCAGCACAGGCAGAGCGGGGAGGACGAGGGGAACCAGUUGGCAUUCACUCCCAAGCUCUGGUUUUAACGUCGUGCCCAGGCCUGUAGGUCUGGGGGCAAUUAUCUCAUAACAAACUAUGAAAUCUGGUGAUUUGAGGAAUGGGAAUUUGGCAUAAAUUCUGGAGGCUGCCUUCUACCUGCCGUCAGUUCCGUCAUUCAGUUGUGUCCAACUCUCUGGACUGCAGCACGCCAGGCUUCCCUGUCCAUCCAACUCCCAGAGCUUGCUCAAACUCCUGUCCAUCGAGUCAGUAAUACCAUUCACCCAUCUCAUGCUCUGUCGUGCCCUUCUCCUCCUGCCUUCAAUCUUUCCCUGCAUCAGGGUCUUUUCUAAUGAAUCAGCUCUUCACAUCUACCUGCUGUAUCCUGGGAUAAAAUGACUUAGCCACAACAUGCAAGAAAACCCUCCUCAUUGGACUCUAGGCUGGACCGAGCAUCACUCACAGAGCAGAAAAGGAAGAAACUGCUGGUGGCUGGCCUGGUUGGAGGUUCUGCCAAGGGGCCUUCCAUGGUAAAGGCCCCUGGACGCGGAAACAGAAGAGCGUACAGAUCACCAGCUCAGACGCUUUUGAAAACUUUGGACUAUCAGGUACUUUCUUGGCAUCUCUUGGUGGUUAAGACCCUGGUGUAGGGGACUAGGUCUCCCUGGAUGAGUGUUGCUGACCUGUAAUUUCUGUGGGUCAAACCCCAGCAGUGGGUCCAAUCUUGGGUUGAACUGUUUAUAGUGAUGGGAAUAAAACAGGGUC